AUGUCUACACCACGCCCGCCUGCUAACAAAGAAGCCGAAGAGAAAGAGCCCGCCAUUCCCUUUCGGACCCAAUUCACCUCGGCUUUUCUCUACUAUACCCGUGUACUCAUCCAAGUACUUGUGGCUGUCUACUCCAUCGUGUUAGUUGCAUCGACUCUGGGAAAACAUAUCACUAAAGACAACUUGCCUGUGGUCAUUCCAUGCGUGUCAGCUAUUCUGUUUAUUGUAGCCUCGUUCUAUCUUUGGAGAAAGAGUGUUCAGCGCUCUUCGCUAUCUAGAAAAAAGCAGCAUCUAUUUCUAUGCCACAGCACGAUUCUUAUGCUAGUUGCUGCGUGCGGGGUAUUCUCAGGAAACGGUUGGUCUUUGUUUCUCGUAAGUGGCCACUUCUUGGACAACAAGAAGUUCUUUCAACUCCUUGGUGCACAUAUACUUGUCUUUAUGCCCACCCUCUUUCUGACAAGCAACAUACUAAUGGGUGUUGUUGGGCUAUACCCAACCAUCGCCCUGAUGUUUGUUGGUCUAGAAGAGAUUCUUUCCGAGCGAGAGCCAAUUAACACCUAUAUUCACAGCCAGCUUUUUUUGGGCGCCAUUUCGAUUCUGUUCGUCAUCUUUUCCUUCAGCUGUAUAUUCUUGGAUCAGUAUGUUGCCUCGUUUGAAACAACCAAGCUUACCCCAUACUGGUCCCAACUUCUCUUGGGAGUAAGUUGA